CCGUGGAAGAAAGAGAGAUGGAAGGAGACCGCUCGCCCCAGUGCGGCCUCACCACCCCCCGCUCCACCUCCGUCUCUAGCGAUCCCGGCGUCUGCCUACGAGACCCCUCCAGCAUCUCUAGCAGCAGCGGCCGCAGCGGCAACCAACUCUGGCAACGCGUCGUCGUCGUCGGAGGCGGUAUAGGCGGCUCUCUCAUCGCCAAGUCCCUCCAGUUCAACGCCGACGUCAUCCUCAUCGACCAGAAGGAGUACUUCGAGAUCCCGUGGGCAACGAUGAGAUCCAUGGUGGAUCCCGCGGUUGCGGACAAGGCGAUCAUCAACCACACCGAUUACCUAAUCAACGGCAAAGUCAUCACGGCAUCCGCGGUCGACAUCACGGACACGGAUGUGAUCACCUCCGAUGGUCGUCAAGUGGCGUACGACUACCUCGUUGUCGCUACUGGCCAUGUAGCUUCUUCUCCCAAGUGCAGGAAAGACCGACUCGAAAAGUUCAAGGAAGCGAACAUAAAGAUGAGGACUUCGAGCUCUGUUCUUGUGAUCGGAGGAGGGCCAACCGGCGUCGAACUUGCUUCAGAUAUCGCAUCAGUGUAUCCAGAUAAGAAGGUGACUUUGGUCCACAACGGACCACGGUUGCUUGGAUUCAUAGGGCACAAAGCAGGCAACAAAGCCUUGGACUGGUUGAGAUCCAAGAAUGUUGACGUGCUGUUGGAGCAGUCGGUGGAUUUGGAUUCCGUAUCUGAGGUGGAUGGAAUAUACAUCACUUCAGCUGGAGAAGCCAUUGCAGCUGACUGCCACUAUGUGUGUGUGAAAAGACCUUUGGGGACUUCAUGGAUGAGAGAGUCGAUCGUAAAGGAUUCCAUGGACAAGUAUGGACAGCUUAUGGUUGAUGAACACUUGAGAGUCAAAGGCCGAAACAAUAUCUUUGCCAUCGGAGACAUCAUUGAUGUACCUGAACGCAAGCAAGGAGUGCUUGCGCAGAGGCACGCCAUGGUGGUGGCGAAGAACCUGAAGCUGCUGCUGAAAGGGGGCAACAAGGAGAUCAAGCUGAGCAAGUACAGGCCCACAGUCUCGAUAACCAUGGUCUCCUUGGGGAAGAAGGACGCGGUGGCGCAGCUGCCUUUCACGACAAUGACCGGGUUCCUCCCAGGGCUGAUCAAAUCAAGGGAGUUGUUCCUGCGCAAGACCAGGAAGCUGCUGGGUCUUGAUCAUCACUCUGUGUUCUUGUGACUGCACAUCAUCAUCAUUGGUUAUUGUUCUUCGAGCUGUAACAGUAGACCAGCAUGUUCUUGAUGUAAUCAUCUCUUUGCUUUCUGGUCUGCUGUUGUAUACGGAUGUGAAGUCUUUUGGUCCUUAAACGUGCAUCCAACAUUGACUGUAACAGUAGUUUCAUGGUGCAACUUUGAUUAUCA